CAAACAGACCAAAUUAACCAAGGCAAUCCCUGCUCUCUUCCUCUCUCUUCUCUCUGUGUUCCAAGCUCUGAAAACCCAUUGGGAGGACCUUCUUCUUUUCUCCAUUGAAUCUAUGUAUUGGAGGGGGAAUCCGGGAUAGAGAGUUCUUUUUAUGUGUGUCGUUACAGAACCAGGUGAAGCAAUAGCAAAUAACGCUGGAGGGAGCAAGGAUGUCAUGCUUGCUACCACAGUUCAAGUGCCAACCAGAAACUUUCACUAUCCAAUCCAGAACUCUCCACCACCACUCUCCUUCCUCCCACACCUACCUACUCUCAAAAAGUAGAGAUCUUUUAUAUUUCCGGACACAAUGUGUUUUAUCUACAACAUCACCAUUAACGGUAACAACUCCAGUGCUUGAUAUGGAGAAGCUGAGAUUACCUUCUUUAGAAGCUCAUUCGAAUUCAGCCUCAGCAAGCUGUCCGUGGACUUAUACAGGGGCUGUUGGUCCACCCGCAGAGAUGAAUUUCAAAGCAACUUUAGCAACAGAGACACUUAUUACAAGUGACGAGGCUGUAAUUGCUGCAGCUGCUGCCGAAGCAGUUGCUCUUGCUAGAGCUGCAGUCAAAGUCGCAAAGGAUGCAGCCUUAAUGGUCAACGGUCACUACUCCACGAGCACAAUAAAUAAACAUGUAGUCCCAUCAAGAACUGACACUUCCACAUCCAAGUGGGCCCAGUUCACUGAAAGAGAACGAGCUGGCAUAUUGGGAGAUACUCUGACAGAUGAAACCACUUUGGGAGAUGUUAGUUCCUUGCAACAUCCUGAAGAAUCUGACGAUUUGGAGCCAACAGUUGAAGAACUUGAUUUUUUGGAGAAACAACUUUCUGAAAGCAUAGCUGUGAGAUCAGGGCGCCAAACAAAACAAAAAGCUAGACGAGCAAGAGCUGCAGAGAAAGCUGCUGCUAAUGUUGUGUCAAUAAAAUAUGGUUCUACUGGCCGUAAAAAACGUACGUCUCAGGAUGUUGACUCCUCAGAUCCAUUGCGCUUCUUGAAAGGAACCACCAGCACUUCCAGGCUUCUUACUUUUAGCGAAGAAACACGUUUAUCAGAAGGGAUUCAGGAAUUGUUGAAACUGGAAAGACUUCAGAAGGAACUUGCAGAGCGAUGUGGGGGUCAGCCCACUGUUGCACAGUGGGCUGCUGCUGCUGGAGUUGAUCAGAGAACCUUAAGAAAACGCUUAAACAAUGGUACUCUUUGUAAAGACAAGAUGAUUAAAAGCAACAUACGACUAGUUAUCUCUAUUGCAAAAAAUUAUCAGGGUGCCGGGAUGACUCUGCAAGAUCUUGUUCUGGAAGGAUGUCGAGGCCUGAUUAGAGGUGCAGAGAAAUUUGAUGCUUCAAAGGGUUUCAAGUUCUCAACCUAUGCUCACUGGUGGAUUAAGCAGGCUGUUCGAAAGGCACUCUCUGAUCAGUCGAGGACAAUACGCUUGCCAUUCCACAUGGUGGAGGCAACAUAUAGAGUGAAGGAGGCCAGAAAGCAACUUUAUAGUGAAAAUGGAAGACAGCCUAAUAAUGAAGAAGUUGCAGAGGCAACUGGGCUCACCAUGAAAAGGGUCAAUGCUGUACUACUAACUCCUAAAACGCCAAGAUCUCUUGACCAGAAGUUCGGGCUUAAUGAUGUUAAACCUUCCGAAAUAACUGCAGACCCUGAAGCAGAAACGUCAGAAGAUAUACUAAUAAAGCAAUUCAUGAAGCAGGACCUGGAGAAAGUGUUGGACAGUCUGAAUUCGAGGGAGAGGCAGGUUGUGAGGAUGAGAUUUGGAAUGGAAGAUGGAAGGAUGAAGACCUUGCAGGAGAUUGGGGAGUCAAUGGGUGUCAGCAGAGAGAGAAUUCGGCAAAUCGAGUCUUCUGCUUUCCGGAAACUUAAGAACAAGAGGAGAGCAAAGCAUUUGCAGCAGUAUUUGUUUUCACUUGCAUGAGCACCCACAGAGCACUAAAAUUAGAUUUACUGGACAAGCUCUAGCUGCUCUACCUAACUUGAGGCUCCAAAGGGCUUGUGAUUCAUUUUAUUUGCUUAUGUUUUACCUUCUUUCUUUUUUUCCUUCUUCUGGCAAUGGAAGCUUAGGUUCCUGUUUCAGAAUUCUAAUCUAGACAAUAGUUGUGAAUAGAAACAAAAUUUUUGGAUAAAGCAAUUUUCCCCCCA